AAUUAUUAAGCAGUCCCUGUCCUAGGCAUCUGAGUCUGACUUCUUCGCUGCUGUAGCCUGUAUAAGAGGAACACAUCCCCAGCCAGCACCAGCCAGGGAAACAGCUCGCUCUGUCCGGCGCAGCCAUAAACUCCCAACUUUGGAGCAGAGUGUCGGAGGACAGAAGCAUUUGGAGCCAGGGAUCAGCGUUUGAUUCUGGGUGCCGGAUUUGAAGGAAGGAGGCAGCUCAUUCUCUCAUUUCUUUCUGCCACACUCCUCCUUUUCUUUCUCCUCCCCCACCCCCAAUUUCCCUCACUUCUGAUUCCAUCUUAUUUUCUUGCCGUUUCUGUCCCAUUUCUCCUUUGGGGUCUUCUUUCCCUCUGUCUCUCCUUCUGUUCCCAACCUUUCUCUUCCCCCUCUCCUUCUGACACCACCCACCCCCGUUCUGUCCAUCCUCUCCUUCUCUCUUCUCUCUUUGGCAACCCCUCCUCGUUCUCCAGCCCCAGAAGAAGUCUUUCCGAAGCCCCCCUCAAAAUACAACAGCCAACAGGCGAGGGGGGAGCUGCUCAGAGGAGGCCCCUGUAGGAUGCCCAUCCAGAUAUUUUGCACCAUCUCCUUCUCUUCGAACAAAGAGAAGCACGCCGCGGUCAAGUGUGCGACGGAGAGCAAUGGUGACAAACCCCCCUACGAACAGCAAGAGCCAGAAGCCAUGGAGCAAGCCUAUGAGGAUGGAGAGGAACCGGAGGAGGAGGAGGAGGAGGAGAAGGAGAAGGACGAAGAUGAAGAAGGAAGCGCUCCAAACCUGGUGGACUUUGCCAACAGCUGCACUUUGCACGGCGUCAACCAUAUCUUCGUAGAAGGCAGCUUUGGCGUGCGCCAGGCCCUCUGGAUGGGCGCGUUCCUGAUCUCCCUCUCCAUCUUCUUGUCCCAGGUAGCUGGGCGGAUUUUCUACUACCUGGAAUACCAUCACGUGACGCAGCUGGAUGAAAUGGAGAGCGCCGAGAUGGUCUUCCCCGCCAUCACGCUCUGCAACAUCAACGGCAUCAGGGGCUCCCAGCUCACCUUCGAUGACCUGUCCUAUAUCUCUCCGCUCGUGGGCUACGACCCCGGCGCCUACCUGGAAGCGGGCUUCCCCUUGGCCUUGCCUGACCUGGAGGGCCCCGAGGAGCCUCUCAACCUGUACAGCUUUUACGACCGCCAUGGCCACGAACUUGAGGACAUGAUGCUGGCCUGUAAAUACCGCGGUAAGGACUGCGGUCCCAGUGACUUCACCGUGGUGUACACACGCUACGGAAAGUGCUACACAUUCAACUCAGGUCAGCCUGACAAGCCACCACGCAUCACCAAUAAGGGAGGAACGGGGAACGGCUUGGAGAUCAUGUUGGACAUUCAGCAAGAUGAGUAUCUUCCUGUCUGGGGAGAGACAGAUGAGACCUCAUUUGAAGCUGGGAUUAAGGUGCAGAUCCACAGCCAGGAUGAGCCACCCUGCAUUGACCAGCUGGGAUUUGGGGUGGCACCUGGAUUUCAGACGUUUGUCUCUUGCCAGGAACAGCGGCUCAUCUACCUUCCUCCACCUUGGGGUGACUGCAAGUCGGUGACCAUGGAAUCCGAAUUCUACGAUACCUACAGCAUUGCAGCCUGCCGCAUCGACUGUGAGACCCGCUACUUGGUGGAGAACUGCAACUGCCGCAUGGUGCACAUGCCUGGUGACGCUCCCUACUGCACCCCUGAGCAAUACAAGGAGUGUGCAGACCCCGCUCUUGACUUCUUGGUGGAGAAGGACAACGACUACUGUGUGUGUGAGAUGCCUUGCAAUGUCACCCGCUAUGGCAAGGAGCUCUCCAUGGUCAAGAUUCCCAGUAAGGCAUCAGCCAAGUACCUGGCCAAGAAAUACAACAAGAGCGAGCAGUACAUUGGGGAGAACAUCCUGGUACUGGACAUUUUCUUUGAAGCUCUGAACUAUGAGACCAUUGAACAGAAAAAAGCAUACGAAGUGGCUGGACUUCUGGGUGACAUCGGGGGACAGAUGGGGCUGUUCAUUGGAGCCAGCCUGUUAACUGUGCUGGAGCUAUUUGACUACGCCUACGAAAUUAUCAAGUUCCGCUUCUUUCGCCGCGGCAAAUGCCAGAAGAAACACAAAAGCAACAACAGCGACAAAGGGGUAGCCCUGAGUCUGGAUGAUGUGAAACGCCACAAUCCGUGCGAGAGCAUCCGAGGCCACCCAGCGGGCAUGACGUACGCGGCCAACAUCCUACCUCACCAUCCGGCCCGGGGAACGUUUGAGGACUUUACUUGCUAACUGACCACUGGAUGUACAACUAACACUACCAAAGGGAAGGACCUUCGCUGAGCAGCCCUGGCCCAGCCCACGAACCUGCCAACUGACUCGUCAGGGCCUCUAUCUCAAGACUCCCAGGGGGAGGCAAGCUGGAUCCGGCCUCUCCUCAACCCAUCCGCCCCAGGCCAAGGCAGCGAUACGCACACGGAGCAAACUGGACAGAGGGGUGGGGGGCGGGGUGGGGGUUAUCUGUUCUACCAGGUCCACGCCAGUUUCUGCUCUUGUCCCUGUGAAUGCCCUCGGACUCUUAACUCGACAGAGGAGCUGCCAAGUGGAGGAGAGGAUACCGCCUUCUCCAGUCCACAUGCGGAGAAGUCUUGACUGCCUAUGUGCCCCCCCUUUGGCCUCCACGCUGCCCCAUGCCUUGUUGGUGUCAGCGUGAAGGCCCUUUUUUUUCUUUCAACGUCGAUGCCAAGAAGAACCCACAGGAGUGCCAGCCAAACUGUUCCCCCGCAGCAUUCGGUUUCGUAAGGGCCCCUUGCCGUAUCCAAAGGAGGUGCUACAUCAAUUCCAUUCCCUCCCUCCCACCGUCACCUGUAUCACCACCUUGCUGUGU